AUGAACUGCAACUGCCCCGUGUCGCAGCCGCCGGGCCCCACGCUGGCGUCCACGUGCGGCGGCUCCAGCUUCAUGCUCUUCAUGGGGCUGCUCGAGGUCUUCAUCCGCUCGCAGUGCGACCUCGAGGACCCCUGCGGCCGACCCACCAGUCGGCGGCGACCGGACGUCGAGUACGAUUUUGUGGUGGUGGGCGGCGGCAGCGCGGGCUCUGUGGUGGCGGCGCGGCUGUCGGAGAUCCCGCACUGGAACGUGCUGCUGAUCGAGGCCGGACUGGACGAGCCGACGGGCGCGCAGGUGCCGUCCAUGUUCCUCAACUUCAUCGGCAGCAGCAUCGACUGGAACUUCCGCACCGAGCCCGAGGAGAUGGCCUGCCUCAACGAGAACGAGCGCCGCUGCUCGUGGCCCAGGGGCAAGGUGCUGGGCGGCACUAGCGUGCUCAACGGCAUGAUGUACAUGCGCGGCAGCAGGAAGGACUAUGACGAGUGGGCGGCGUUCGGCAACCCCGGCUGGGGCUACCAGGAGGUGCUGCCAUACUUCCUCAAGUCGGAGGACAACCUGCAGGCGCACUUGAUGGACCCCGGCUACCACGGCGUCGGCGGCUACCUCACAGUCACCCAGUUCCCGUACCACCCGCCUCUCUCACACUCCAUACUGCAGGCUGGCCGCGAGCUGGGGUUCCAGGUUCGCGACCUGAACGGCGCCUUCCACACGGGCUUCGCCAUCGCGCAGACGACCUCGCGCAACGGCAGCCGGCUGUCGACGGCCAAGGCGUUCCUGCGGCCCAACCGCAACAGGCCCAACCUGCACAUCAUGCUCAACACGACCGUCACCAGGGUCCUCAUCAACGAGUCGUCGCGCGAGGCAUACGGCGUCGAGGUCAUCCGCGGCGACACGGGCCGCCGAGACCGCAUCUUCGCCCGCAGCGAGGUGAUCCUGUGCGGCGGCGCUGUCAACUCGCCGCAGCUGCUGCUGCUGUCGGGCGUGGGCCCGGCGGAGGAGCUGCGCGCCGUGGGCGUCCAGCCGGUGCACCAUCUGCCGGGCGUGGGCCGCAACCUGCACAACCACGUCGCCUUCUUCGUCAACUUCUUCAUCAACGACACGGACACGCAGGCGCUCAACUGGGCCACCGCCAUGGAGUACCUGCUCUUCCGCGACGGGCUCAUGUCCGGCACCGGCAUCUCGGAGGUCACCGCCUUCGUCAACUCGCGCUUCGCCAGCCCCUCCGAAGACAACCCCGACCUGCAGUACUUCUUUGGCGGGUACCUCGCCAACUGCGCGCGCACCGGACAGGUGGGCGAGCGCGCUUCGGAGGGCGCCAACGGCACGGCGCCGAUGCGCUCGAUCCAGAUCAUCCCGGCGUACCUGCACCCCAAGAGCCGCGGCGUGCUGCGCCUGCGCAGUGCCGACCCGCUGGCGGCGCCGGCCAUCAGCGCGCGCUACCUCACACACCCGGACGACGUGGCUGCGCUCGUCGACGGCAUCCGCUUCGCCAUCCGGCUGUCCGAGACGCCGGCGCUGCGGCGCUACGGCUUCCGGCUGGACCGCACGCCCGUGCCCGGCUGCGAGAACUUCACGUUCGGCUGCGACGCGUACUGGGAGUGCGCCGUGCGCCGGCAGACGGCGCCCGAGAACCACCAGGCGGGCUCGUGCCGCAUGGGCCCCCCGGGCGACGCCGGCGCCGUCGUAGACGCGCAGCUGCGCGUGCACGGCGUGGACAAGCUGCGCGUCGUCGACGCCUCCGUCAUGCCCAAGGUCACCUCGGGCAACACCAACGCGCCCACCGUCAUGAUCGCCGAGAAGGGCGCCGACAUGAUCAAGACGCGCUGGCUCGCCAGGCGGACGUGGCGCUCCUGGUACUAAGGACUGCGACCUCCGCGGCCACCAGUGUCCUGCUCAGUAGACGGCUGCGUGUGCACUACGUAACAUGAGACAAUAACUCGCUCUUUCUCCAAAGACAUUUCUCACGAUAUUCUAGUGCUGCUCAUUACCAGCAUUUUCACUCCAUACCAUGUACAUUUAUUCAUAUCUAUAGUACCAGAGACUUGCAAAAUGUAGUGUUUGCGGUACCUUAGGCUAUGUUAACAACUUUUACUCUGAGACAAGGCACCACUCCAGCCGUACUCUGCAAUUUUGUACCUUGUACGAGAUACUACCGCCGUACGUAUAGUUGCAUAUUGCCAUCCUAUGACUUGUCACCUUAGUGAACCCAACACCUUUACCUUUCCCGGACAAGUGCUCUACGACAAGGUACCGAGGUAUGACUGAUGCCCGACGUAACUACUCCAGUUGUACUCUGAUUAAAACCACAAAAGACACACUCCAGGAAGACGAUCAGUGUUGUGGCUGAUAUGUGUAGCAGGAAAAACUGAGUAUACUCUCAAAUGGCUUCAUGUCGUUAAGAAACAAAAUCUACUUGUUAUGAAAACUUUACGCGCUUCAGAGAAUGAUCCAUCGCUCCAGUACAAAAAGAAACUUAUUAACUUAGCAUGACUCGGUUUCACAGUCAUAUAAAAAGCUUUAAUGGGCAUCAUAUGUAGCCCCCAGCAAAAUUAAAGUUCCCGGUUCGCUUUUAAGAUAUUUUCCCCAACUGCGAGAUGGUCGCGUAUACAAACAGUGAUCCAAUACUGUCAAAUAUUUUUUAUUCCAGUCUUUCAUCACAAUAUGAAUUCUUUAGACGAUAACCGGUUUCAGUCCGUAAUGACCAUCCUCAGAUCUUUUUUUACACCAUGUCCUAAAGUGAUAAGGCCAUAAUGGUGUAAAAAUGAUCUGAGGAUUGUUAUCAAAGACUGGAAUAAAAAAACAUAUAAGAUAUUUUCCUUUGCUUACAGAGACCCAUUCUUAAGGUUUUCUGGUUGAAAAUCGUUCUGUCAAUUUAUUGGGGUGGGUAGUAUGCGGCACACGUGAAUAGUAUACGUUACUAGUUCCGUGAAAUCUCUUAAUCCCAGGGCCGGCGUAUGCUAAGGGACACCUAGCGAACAUUUUCUCAAACAAAAGUUGUUCACCAUAACGUGAUCUAUCACCUCGAGACGUCUGCCGCAAACACUUUGAAACACCCAGUGUAGUGGUUUGAUGUGAUUUAUCUAAAACAUGGCAGCAACGUUAAAUGCCCACCGUGUGAACCUGCUGAUGAUUCCUUAAAGUUUUCACAUGACACACGAUAAAACUGCAAGUAGUGUGUUUUAUUAAUAGCUUUAGGGCCAAAGGUGACAGUGAUAUCCUUUAAGAAACAAACGUCGGGCCAAGUGAUAACUCUGCUAACAUUCGUGCACGAAUUGUGUUGCAAAUUAAUCAGGAUCGACUGAAAAAGCCACUAGACUUCUUGCGACUAAUGAACGAUAUUUACUGGUUUUGUGACGCUACCAACAUCAACCCAGAAUACAGAUAUUGUAAAUGGCACUGUUGUCGCUUUCUGUCUUGUCUUCACUAUGCUGACUUUUGUUUCGUGUGUAGUUAACUUCUCGUGCCACGUCUCCUUUCGUACAUAAAUCAGAUGACCUGUUGAAUUGUGGUGUCUGCCAACGAAUUCACGCUAAAUUGGAAACGGGAGGGAAAGCUGUCGGUUCAGAUCGAGUACUUGCGAUUUCUAUUAAAUGAGACAGCCCCAGCAGCCACUGCAGCGAGUGCCUUCAAGUACUCCUUACAUUUUGUCUGUGACUUCGAGCUUCAGCACUGCCACAUCUGUUGUCAGUUGCGUCAGCGUUAAGACUUGGCUAACAGAAACUGGACUGGCACGAGCAGAAGGUCCUUUUUAACCAUGCUCGUGAUGUGCAAGUGCUCGGACACUUUCUUUUGUUCACUGGCAACGACAGAUGUUUCGAGUGUGACAUUACGAGCUCUGAUUGUAACAAUUAAAUUCCAAGAGGUGAAAUGUCAGCUAACAAGCAAUUCUAAUAAGACUGCAGUGCCAGCGUAGCAGGUAC